AUGCUUUCAAAUAGGGUAAUUGCAAAACAGUUGUUGAAAACCACAAUUGCAAAAACGCCACAGUUGGCACUCCCCGCGUGUUCGACAAUAGUCAAGUACCACAAAACUUUAGAUCCGCCUCGCUCUUCAGUGAAUCUUGUCAGAGGAUUUGCUACACAUUCUGAGGAGUACGAAAUUGACUAUAUCUCGCUAAAAAAGAAGACCAAAAAGAAAGGUGAAGACAUCAAUGAAAAGUUGAAUAUUGACAUCGCAUUACCCAACUUUACAAUCAAAAGGCCCCGAAACAUUGGAUAUCCGUAUUACAUAAUCCAUGAUUGCAACGAGUCAUUAAUGAAAGAUGUACUAGACUUUUGCAUGUGGGAUUUCAAGGUGACGAACGAAAAGGGUUUCCCUCAGGGGCUUGCUUAUACAGAGUAUUACUAUGACGAGUUAAAGGUCUUUGAACAAUUCUUACAAGACACUUUUAACCACAGGAUUGGAACUUUUGCUGACUUGUCAGGCCUGGAGAUUGUUAAUACUUUGUUCAUAUUUAGAGAUUACUACACCAGGGGGGAGAUCCCUCAAGUUACAAAAGAAACCAAGUCCAAAUUUGAUGAGAUGGUAAAGUUUUUUGUCGAGUUCGUUAAUAAGGAUGCUCAGUUCCCUCAAACAGUGGUAAAGGAGUACUUUCCAAAGGUGAAACGCUCUAAAGAAAUUUCAGAUUUUCUCAACUUAGGCUUGUACUUUUAUGUUUCAGAGUUAAAAGCUUUAGACCGUGAGUUUAACUUUAAGAGAAUUAGAUCAAAGAACGAUUUGAUACUUCAAAUUGACAGGAUGGUUGGAAAGUUUGAUCACUUUUUGGAAAAUAGCCAGCGCGCUGACGAAUCAUUCUUCAAAACGUUGAUUCAAGCUGAAAGGUAUGAGGCAUUACGUGAGAAAUUAGCAAAAACAAUCACUCCUUUGAAGUUGAUCAAGGCUCUCGUGGAAACCAAUAAUUUUGAACCUGCAAUGAAAGAAUGUAUGUUUGAAAACUUGAGUGCCAAAUUUGAUAGAGAAGAAGUGAAUGAAACCUUAAAAGAUUUGUGCGUGGUAUGGAGUAUGCUUGAGUUUGGAAACUUUAUACCCGCAACUAGCAAAUAUAACGAGUUGGCGCCACGACUUUAUGAAAUUUCAACAACACGUGAUCAUCCAUUCGCAGAUGAAGCAAAGAACUUGUUGGAGGUCUUGACGACUGAUGAAUUGCGGUCUGGUAUGUUACUUUCCCACUUUACUGCUUACAACUUCCACACUGCAAAGUAUAAAUUCACUGGUGAUUUGCAAGAGGACUGGAUUUUGAACGCGUUGCUCAAAUGGAACUUUCCUUUGGAGGUGGCCUUGACGAAGGAUUUUGAAAAGGAAUGGUGCAAUUUCCUGCCUGGAAGCUAUGCCGCUUCUGAGGCGUUUUUUGGCAUAGAUAGUAGCACCGUUGUAAACCUUGCUCAAAACCCCGACAUCCUCAUCAAAUUUUUGGAAUUAAAUGGAGACAGUUUGACAAAGUGCUUACCUGAGGGAUCACUAUUGUUGCAUAUGAAGAAGGAUCUUGCCGCUGCAAAACGAGGACUAGGUGUCGAUUUCGCUUUCUAUUCUGAUGUUGACAAUCUUGUAAAAGCGAUCGAGAAGAGGUCAAUGUUGACACCAGGCUCUGUUGAUACGCUUGUUUCUGCACUUGAGGACGCGUCAAAGUAUUUAGGUACUCAUUUGGAGGUAUUGGACGAGAUUGCAAAAGGGUCUGAUGAGGUGGCAAUCCAUGACAGGCACACAAGUACAAACUACAAGCAAAUACCCGACUGGUUACGUCUUGAAAGGCACGUUGCUGAGAUUGAAUUUCUCAAGGGUUUGACUGGGGAUUUCAGCGACAAAACUGCGGUCAUGUCUGUUAUCGAGAAUGUCACCAAUCAAAUUUUAGAGGAUGACACAUUGUGGCCUGAAAUUAAUCAUGGCAGUUUGCUUACAUUGAGGGCGAAGUUGAAGGAGUUUUCCGUGAACAAUACCACUGAUUGCCUAGAAAUCUUAAACACGGUCCUUCUUAGCAAUGAUGUGUUUGCUCAAUUUGAAAAGCACAUGAAGGAAAAGCCGGCACAAAAAUCAGCUCCGUAUGUCCAAUUACCUGAUGAGUUGGAAUUAUACGAUUUUGUGAAUGAGCUAACUAAACUUAAACAUGCACUUGGUGGUUUAUCUUUCAAUGAACAUACAAGCGACGACGUGUUCAAGGCAUUAGAUUAUCAAAUUGAAAGCUUUUUUGACGAUGCCAAGAAUAAGGACUCGUUGAUUUCUAGUAACAGCGAAUCUUUUAAAUACAUUAGAUUAAAGAGGAGAUUGAGCAGGUUGUUUGACAUGAAUGGCCAAAACACAGAUGUUUUGGAUGUGUUGCUCAACAGUCAAGCAGUGUUUGAUGGGUUUGAGAAACGAAAGAUGAGGUCAGAGAAGAAUAUCGAGGAAGUUUCUCAAGAAUACAGACAAAUGCCUAAUGAUUUUAUGUUAGAGGAGUACGUGCUUGAAUUGAGCCAGCUAAAAGUUUCAUUAAACAUUGAAAGAUUUGCAGAUGUAUAUGCAAAUGAAAUCUUGGGCAAAAUUGAGGAAUUUUCCAAAGCCAAUUACUCAACUAGUGAUAAGAAAUUGAUUUGGCAUAAGUUGUAUCGAAACUUGGCAUUGCUUUUUAAACAUAACCACGGAUCAACUUUUGUGUUGGACAACGUUUUGACAAGCGCUACAGAGUGGGAAAAGUUGGGAAAAUUGGUGAAGCCUCCAAGGAACCCACUUUCGGAGCAAUUAGACCUAUUGAAAAAGGAAGAGCACGAUGUGUUAGGUGCAUUCUUAACCGCAUCAAGAUUAUUAUACAAGUCCGAUGUAAUACAUGUGUCAAAAGAGGAGUUCAAUUCAUUGGUUGAUGUGUACAUUGCAACUUUGGAUGCAACAUCGCUCGGCUACUUAUUCAAGAAGGAGGUUUUAGCUUCGUUAAAGGAGUACAAUGCUGCGAUUCACCACUAUCCAGCGUUCCUUGUUUGUCUUUACGGAAUGAGUAAGAACUUGAAUGGUGAGCCAAUUACAGAGGACAGAUUACAAGAAUUCUAUUCUGAUUUGAUGAGAAGCGUAAAUGAAGAGACAUCAGCACCCAAAAAGCAGAGGUUGGAUCCAAAGAAUGUCACAACGCCAGCGAGAAAAAAUGUCCUCACAAGAGAACAGGUUAGCGAGACACCUGAAGUUGAGUAUGAAUACGACAUUCGUGAAUACGAACCAUUGAAGCCUGAUGUAAGGAGUGCAAACGGUUCUUUAGCCAAGCAGAAGUAUCACAACUCAGAACAAUACAUUGCUGAUUUGGACAAUCGAAGAAAUACUGUUUUUAAAGAUGAAACUUUCGAAGAUGCAGUGAGAGCUGCAUUUGUCUCUGCGUUGCAAAAUGACGAUAUACCAGAAACGGAAUCACAUUCAAGAAGUGCACAUAAGCCGCGCAAGAGACUGAAUGAUAGAACGUCAGCAACACUGGCAAGUGCAAAUGCAAUUGAUCCUGCUAAAGUUGAGGAAUAUCUCACAAGACUAAACAAGGAUGAAUUGUCAAAGCAAAGACAGGCAGAUGCUUAUAAAUGGAGCAAAACAAGGUAUGAUCAAUCAGUUGCGGCAACUAGCAAAAAAUACUUACUUUUGAGUUUAAUUGGUGAUGAAAUCCCCGUAUCGGAAAAUUUGAUCCGUGAUGAGCUUGCCCAUAAAUCAGAUAUAUUUGAAAUUUUGGACAAGUUCAGUGACUCGGAGCUUGCUAUUGUCAAUGACAGAUUACAGUGCUUACAAAAUGAGAAUUACAAGGUUGUCGGAUACAAGCUGGAUGGCAAGCGCAAGUACUUGAUUUUAGAAAAUGAAGGAGAACGGGGUCCUAAAGGAGCUUCAGGUAAGUCUUCAUGGGGUAAACGUGCAACUACAGGAGCAGUUACGGCUAUGCUUGCAUAUCUUGGCUUGAGCUUUAUUUCAGAUGAACCAAGGAAAAAUCUGGACGAUGCUGUGCCUACUGAACAUCCUGGUGGUGAAUCAAUGGAACCUGCAGCUGGUGAAGCAAAAGAACUGAUGGAAAUUGUGGGUACACCACUUGUUGAUACAGACAGAGUAACAAACGAGCCAGAGUUGAUUACACAACACGAGAAGAAAGCCAGUAAAGGUGGCUUCAAUUUGAAGAACAUCUUGUGGAACACCAAAUGA